UUUUUUCGUCGACCCCCCCAUUCAAAAAUUAUCCUCUGGUCCUCUGGAACCACCACCUCCAACGACCAAACAACAACAACACCAUAAAACACCACACACCUGGACCCGUCCCGCUCUCAUUUCUUUGAGAGCCUUCGCGUCCACUUCAGCACACCACUCCUCUUCUUAUCCGUCGGUCCUGUCUGCCUCGAGAGCAAACAGCCCGCACGCACACGCCUCUUUCAACCCCACCACGAUCGCCCUCAUUCUUGAAUUCUAAGCUGUGCUUGGAGUUCAGGAAUCUCCCCUAGACCAACACCGCAAUCAUGGCUACCGACAAGGGACUCGAGGACAUUGAAGCGUCCCAGAUCGAGUCCAACUACGAUGAGACCGUCGACUCCUUCGAUGAGAUGAACCUCCGCGCUGAGCUCCUUCGUGGAGUCUACGCCUACGGUUUCGAGCGCCCCUCUGCUAUUCAGCAGCGCGCCAUCAUGCCCGUCAUCAAGGGCCACGAUGUUAUUGCGCAGGCCCAGUCCGGCACUGGCAAGACCGCUACUUUCUCCAUCUCCGUUCUCCAGAAGAUCGACCCCAACCUCAAGCAGUGCCAGGCCCUCAUCUUGGCUCCUACCCGUGAGCUGGCUCAGCAGAUCCAGAAGGUCGUCAUCGCCAUCGGUGACUUCAUGAGCAUCGAGUGCCACGCCUGCAUUGGUGGUACCAGCGUCCGUGACGACAUGAAGGCUCUCCAGGACGGCCCCCAGGUCGUCGUCGGUACCCCUGGCCGUGUUCACGACAUGAUCCAGCGUCGGUUCCUCAAGACCGACGGCAUGAAGAUGUUCGUCCUUGAUGAGGCCGAUGAGAUGCUUUCUCGUGGUUUCACCGAGCAAAUCUACGACAUCUUCCAGCUGCUUCCUCAGUCUACCCAGGUCGUCCUCCUGUCCGCCACCAUGCCCCAGGAUGUCCUCGAGGUCACCACCAAGUUCAUGCGCGACCCCAUCCGCAUUCUCGUCAAGAAGGACGAGCUUACUCUUGAGGGUAUCAAGCAGUUCUACAUUGCUGUUGAGAAGGAGGAGUGGAAGCUCGAUACUCUCUCCGAUCUCUACGAGACUGUCACCAUCACUCAGGCCGUCAUCUUCUGCAACACCCGCAGAAAGGUCGACUGGCUCACCGACAAGCUCACUGCCCGUGACUUCACCGUCUCCGCCAUGCACGGCGACAUGGACCAGGGCCAGCGUGAUCUUAUCAUGAAGGAGUUCCGCUCCGGCUCGUCCCGUGUCUUGAUCGCCACUGACCUUCUGGCCCGUGGUAUCGAUGUCCAGCAGGUUUCUCUGGUCAUCAACUACGACCUUCCCGCCAACCGCGAGAACUACAUCCACCGCAUCGGUCGUGGUGGUCGUUUCGGUCGCAAGGGUGUCGCCAUCAACUUUGUCACCGCCGAGGAUGUCCGCAUGAUGAGAGAGAUCGAGCAGUUCUACAGCACCCAGAUCGAGGAAAUGCCCAUGAACGUUGCCGACCUCAUCUAGACGACUUCUUCUCUUUACGUCAUACCACUGCUGCACAAAAGUUUUCUGCCUUUGCAUAGGAAUACAUCUCGAUUCAUUUUUCGCAACAGGGUCAGGGCUCGGGGCUAGACAGUGGUGGUUUUCCGUGCGGCCAGCACUCGGCUGGGAAUUUUCCAGCCUCUAGAUUCUGGCCACGCACGAUACAGGCUCUUUUCACGACAUAGGGGCAUUUGCGGCAAGGGUUUCAGCAUCUUACGAGUCACACGAACGUGAUUGAGGUGCCAAUAUCUUGCCAACGAGGGACGCUUGUGAACGUUUUCACUUUGCCUUUUAGUCUUGUAACCACCAGGAUGACGAGAUUCUCCUUAAUAAAAACUUGCAAACAAAUUACCUUGGCUCAA